AUGCCGCGGAAGGUUAAAAGGGGACCUAAGGGCCCCCGGGGGUGUUCUGACUCCCCGGGGGCACCUUCUGUGCAGGCUAUGGAGGUGAAGGACCUUCUAUGCGAUUCAGACAAAGAAGACGCAGAGGCGGGUGGAGAACAGCACAGAGCAGAGGGGCAGCUCAAGAUCAACAAAGCCUUCGCAGAGAAGUAUGAUCAAAGAAAGCGAACAGAGCUGCUAAGUAAACACAAGGAGGCAUUGCAGGAAUUGAGCGGGUCGUCGUACGAGGAGGACCUGGCUUCGCUUAGGAAGUCUUUUCUACAGGCUGCGGAGGAAGCCACAGAAGGAAACAGAGAGGCUGGGGAGGGCGAAGAGCUGCUCGAGCUGAAGUGUAAAGGGAUGAAGGAGCAAGAACAAGAAGAUACAGACUAUAGGCAAUUCCUAAAUGCGAAACAUGCACAAAGAGGGGUGGCUUCGGACUCUGUGCUUGCACGUUUUUGGGCUGACGACGGGAAUCUCAAUGCCAACGAGCGCUUCCUUAGAGACUAUAUCGUGAAUGAAGCGUGGAGGGAAGACAAGGCGCAGGCCCAAUGGCAAGGCAUGACGGAGGUGGACGAUGAAGAAGAUGAUGAACAACUCGAAAAGGCGGAGGCGUUUGAGGCAUCUUACAAUUUCAGAUUUGAAGAGGAGGGGGGCACCAAUAUUCAGGGUCAUCCCCGUGUAAUCUCAGACUCCGUCAGGCAAAAGGAUGACAAAAGGAAGAGGGCCAGGGAGAAAAAGCAGAAACAGAAGGAAGAAGAACAGUUGCGUCGUCGGGAGGAGCUGAAGCGCUUAAAAAGUCUCAAGAGAGAGGAAAUAGCCGAGAAAAUAAGGCAAAUCCAGCAAGUGGGCGGCCUGGACGAAGCAACUGUCAGCCGCGUGCUGGACUUGGGCGGGGCCUUUGAUUCAGAGGCCCACGACGUGGAGAUGCAGAAGCUAUUUGGGGAGGACUACGAUGCGCAGGAUGAGGAGGGUGACUGUUUGGCGAUGCCCGAGGCUUGUGCCGACAUUUUAUCAACUGCCCAUGAGACAGAGCCCGAGGCGCUGACCAAGAAGCAACGGAAACUCCUAAAACUGGAAUCGAAGCGAAAGAGGCAGGGACAGCGGGUUGAGGGUUAUGCCAAGGACGCGGAAGCACAAGUGGUGGAGACGGAAGAUGCGGGAGCGUCAGAGCAAGGGGAGCCUCACUCAAAGGGAGGUGACCAGGACUCUGCAGGACAAAGGGCUGAGGAGGGAACGGAAGCCGAAUGGUGGAUGUGCGACGGAUGUGGAAUCGGCAUUCGGGGAGGAAAGAAACGAUUUGAUUGUACGACGUGUGAAAACUUCACGCUUUGCAAACCUUGCUUCCGUAAUGUCCGGCAUCCACACCAACUUGUUAGGAAGACUGUUCCUCCUCAUUGCAACCCCCCCAAGGACUUUGUGUCUGGAGCUUUGCAUUGUCCUCCGCCGGCGGAGCUUAGCGAAUUGUUGGAUGAGUACUUCCAGUUGGACUAUGAGGAUAUUAUCGGUGGAGAUCUGCCUACGAGAUUUAAAUACAGAAAGGUUCAGCCAAACAACUACGGAAUGACAACAGAGGAGAUACUUAACUCGACAGACGCGGAGUUGAACUCGAAAGUGUCCCUGAAGAAGCUGGCGCCCUACAGGGAGCAAGAACAUAGUGGAAAUACUGCGGAGAAGCCCUGGCGUCAGCAAUGGCGCAGCAAAGCUAGGGAGAGCCAGCCCACAGACUCCAAGUUGAAGAAGAGGGAAAGAACAGAUAGAGCAAUGACUCCCUUUGGCGUUCGAAAGGACAGACUGGCUGCGUAUGACGCCUAG